AUGGCAUCUGCUUCUCCCCUGGAAUUCACCACACACCUAUCUUCCAUUUCGAAAAGAUGCAACAUACUCGUCCCACCGUCUUCACCGUCCAAAAUGAUCAGACGACGAUCUGUGGCUUUCGCCGCGAUUAACGGCACCGCGCAUCGCAAAAUUGCCGAAUGUCUGAGAAUCGCCUAUCAAGGGGCCCCCGGCGCAUACAGCGAAUUCGCUGCGAAAACUGCCUUCCCCGAUUGCACGACCGUCUCCUGUAGGGGCUAUGCCGAUGCGAUCAUGGCGGUUGAGUCUGGCCAGGCCGAUCGAGCCGUCCUUCCCGUCGAGAACACCAUGGGAGGGAACACGGUCCGGAAUUACGAUCUUCUGCUACGCCACGACCUGCGAAUUGUACAGGAGAUAAAUCUCUUCGUCCAUUACUGCCUCCUGGUGAUGCCUGGCGUGAGGAAGGGGGAGCUGAAGCGGGUGAUCAGCCAUCCGAUGGCGCUGGCCCACUGCGGCCGGCACCUGGCCCAGCUCGGACUCGACCGGGAGCCGGUCGAGGACACGGCUGGCGCGGUCGAGCUGCUUUCAUCCCGUCGGAUGCUCGACACCGCCGCAAUUGCCAGCUCACGUGCCGCGCUCCUAUACGGAUUAGACGUCUUAGCCCAGGGCUUGCAGGAUGAGUCGUGGAACGUGACCCGGUUCUUGAUCUUGUCGAAGGAACCGAAACUGCCCCGGACGAGCCCGCUAGGGCUUAAAACGAGUAUGGUCGUCGCCCACCAUGGGGCUACGCUGACAAUCCUUCUGAAGGUCCUCUCUGCUUUCUCUUCUCGCAACAUCAAUCUCACCAAGCUGGAAAUGAAUCCAUCUGUUGACGACGAUACACCUAUCAUGAUACUGGAUGUCCAUGGAAGAGGAUCUCUUAAGGAGUUUCCGAACGUCUUCUAUGUCGAUUUUGAGGGCUCGAUGGACGAUCGGAAGGUACAGGAUGCCAUAGCUGAGGUUUCUGACUUGCCUGUGUUUGUUCGAAUCUUAGGCUCCUAUAUUGCUGAUUCUAAUAUCUAUGAUCUUCAUUAA